AGACUUAGUGUGAGAGAGCUCUCACACUUUCAGUUGGUUGGUGCCUGGCACAGAAAUCCUGCAUCAUGGAUGUUAUCUGCUUUAUUUCGAUUUCUUCAGCAAUGACCGACAGGAACUGAGACUGUGAUAACGCAAGAAAGCUUCCCAGAUCUCCUGUCCAGCAGGGAACUUGCUUCGUCACUCAAAACCUCAAGAUGAUCAGCUGUCUGCAGGAAGACAAAGUGAGGUUACAGGAGGAGCUGAGUGUGACUGAGCCUCGAGGGCAGGCUCUGGGCAGCAGUCCACAAUCACAGCUCGAGGGGCUUGAAGUGAAGCUGUCUGACCAGACGCAGGAACUGAACAAACUGUGCUCUGAGCUGGGCACAACCGACCUGGAGAAACAUUUAGAAAUCCUGGUCCUGGAGAAUGAUCGACUGAAGCAGGAAUUAAAUGGCUGUCAGCUCCAGCUCCAGCAGCUCCAGAAUUCUCUGUCUGGGUGCACUAACUGUGAGCACAGCAAGGAAAACACACUCUUGCGCAAGCAAACGACUGACCUACAGCUGGAGCUGGGAGAGAAGGUACAACUUCUGGCCGAACUGGAGCAACAUCUCAAAGAUGUCCUCCAGGAGAAGACUGAAAGGGAGGAGAGGCUGAAUAAACGGCUUAGGGAUUGCCAUCUAGCUCUGGCCAAGCAGCCCACCCCAUCAGUCAAGUACAUUACGAAAAAGGUGGAAGUGGAGUCAUCCAGGACAAAGCAGGAUUUAGAAGAAGCUCACGCCAGGAACCAAUACCUUCAGGAACAAAUAGCUAUCCAGAGGCGCCUGCUGGCUGAACAGGAACAGCAGCUUCAGGACUCUUGGCGAACAUCAGCCCAACUGCAAGCUCAGAUCAUGAUGUACGAAGCAGAACUUGAGCGGACACGUGGUGAAAUGCUUGAGACAUUUCAGGCAAUGGAGGAUGAGAAGAACCAGGCCAUUGAAGAGGUCUUCCUGCAAGCCCGGUCUGAAAUGAAGACUGUACAUGAGAACCUGAAUGGUGUUCGAAUGAACCUUCUGUCUAUCCAGCCAGCCCUAAAGACAUUAACCAGUGAUUACAACUGCUUGAAAAAUCAUGUCCGUGAUUUUCCUUGUCUGCUGCAGGAUGCAGUCAACCAGACAAAGAGGGAGAUUUACCAGGCAGUGGAGGAAGCGCAGAAAACAAAUCAGGAUCUGCUGCGCAAGUAUAAACGAGAGAUGCAGCUGCGGAAGAAGUGCCACAAUGAACUGGUGCGACUACGAGGGAAUAUCCGUGUAUUGUGCAGAGUUCGGCCGAUAACUCCGGAGGAUGGCACAGGGCUUGACACGAGAAAUAUUAUUUCCUUCGACAAUGAUGACGAUGGAGUUCUGUAUGUGUCACACCGUGGCAAAACCACCAUGUUUGAGUUGGACAAGGUUUUCCAACCACGUGCAUUGCAGUCAGAGGUAUUCCAGGAGGUCCAGGCCCUCAUAACAUCUUGCAUUGAUGGGUACAAUGUCUGUAUAUUUGCAUAUGGGCAAACUGGUUCUGGCAAGACAUACACCAUGGAGGGUUCUCCUGAAGACCCUGGAAUUAACCAGCGGGCUCUGAGGCUCUUGUUUGGUGAAGUUGCAGAGAGGUCGGCAGAUUGGGAUCUGACUAUUACUGUCAGCAUGGCUGAGAUCUACAAUGAAACACUUAGAGACCUGCUGGGGUCUGACCCCCAGAAGAUUGAGGAUCUAACUAUGAGGAACCUGUUGGCCAAGGACCCCAGUGAAAAGUUGGAGAUAAAGCUCAGCCCUGAUGGCAGUGGCCAGCUCUAUGUCCCAGGCCUGAUUCAGAUCAGGGUACAGAGUGUGGAUGACAUCAAUAAGGUUUUUGAACUUGGACGUGUGAAUCGUGCGACAGAUUUCACAAACGUGAAUGAACGCAGCUCCCGCUCUCAUGCUCUGCUUAUAGUUUCUGUCACUGGGAUAAACCUCACCUCUGGGGUCAGAACAACAGGUAAAUUAAACCUGGUGGACUUGGCUGGGUCCGAGCGUGUUGGAAAAUCUGGUGCAGAGGGCCCCCGGCUGAGAGAAGCCCAGAAUAUUAACAAGUCUUUGUUGGCCCUUGGUGAUGUUAUCUGUGCACUGCGCUCCAAACAACCAUACAUUCCUUUCCGUAAUUCCAAAUUGACAUACUUGCUACAAGACUCCCUCAGUGGGGACAGCAAAACUCUAAUGAUGGUCCAGGUAUCUCCGAUGGAGAAAAAUGUCAAUGAGACUGUUUGCUCGCUCAAGUUUGCACAGAGAGUGCGCUCAGUGGAACUGGGGACAAUGGUACGAAGAGCUGAAAGUCAGCACUGUUCCAGCCGCCAAGACUAUGAGUCAGAGACCCCGUCUGCAGCUGCCCAACAAGGACGGCUUAAUAUCAGCCAUUCAGGAGGGAGCAUAGUGGGAAAAACCACAACAGGGAAAAGACGACUAAUGGCAUCAGGUGAAGUAAACCAUCGACCAGCUGCACUGUCUGCACUCUGAGGUCACCUGGAGUAGUGGAAAGCCAAGGACUGGUGGCCUGUUCCAAAGCUGAGCACCUCAACACAAUCCAGAUUAUAGGCUAAUGUCUGUACAUAUAUAUGCAGCCUGUUUUAAAAAAUGACACAGAGUUCAUUACUUAUUUUUUAUAUAUAUAUAUAUAUAUAUAAAUUUUUUUAUAUUGUCUACCUUUUUAAACCUGUCAUUUGAUAUCCAACUGUUUGGUGUUCAGUGAGUUCCAGUUCAAAUACCUUGUCCUUAUAUUUUACAUGAAAUCUGUUCACUGCCAUUAAUCUUUGUCCUGCAAACCUUGGUAGUUUGCUGUCAUUUGUGGGUCUAGCCAGUGUGUUAGGUAUACAAUUCAAGGUUAGGCUGUGGUGUUGAGCACAUUGAUUGUGUACAAAAAUUGGGGAGACUGUUAGGAAUGCCAUCCCUUAACACUGACUCUUGCCAUGGUUUAAAAACAUUGGUGCCUUUUCUUCAUUCCUCUUCCCACCUCCAUCCCAAUGCCACAUGGAGAGGAUGAUGCAGAUUGUUUGCAUCAGUGUCUCUAAAAAUAGUUCAUAAUUACCUUUAUUUCCUCCAAGUGUUUAAGGUAAACCUCACUGCUACCCUGAGACUAACCUGUUGAGGGUGACCAGUCAGGGCAGGAACUGGAGAUUAAUUCUAGAGUCUCCAUCCUUGGAAGAGGACUGAAGUGAUGUGUUGAGAUGGAAUACUGAGGUAAGAAAUGAAUCUUACUAUUAUCAAAAUAAUUUAAAUCUUUGGAGUGAGAGCAAAGGAGAAUGUUACAAAUUCCCACCUCAUUUUAAAUCUGCAGUUUCUCCCCUAGCAAGUUUAUUUAAUAAAUAAGUCUGAUAAACCUGAAGAAUCUUUGUCCAUAACUUGUUUUCAAAAGCUGCUUUACUAUUCCACAAAAGGAUGCUCUUAUUUUGGAUCCUAAACCUCAAGCUUCUGAAAUAAUCAGUGUUGCAGGCUGAGGACAAUGGACUUGAUAUUUAUUUUCUUGCCAAAGCGGUUUUGUUCACCACAUCCUGUUUGGAUGUUUAAAAUCUGUGUAAGAUCCUGUUGUAAGAGUACUUGUCUUGAUGUAAAGUCAAAGUCAAUCUGUUGAGAACUGACUUGUCUCUGAAGUUCAGAGUGUUUCUAAAUUUAACGUAUAUAGAUGUUCCAACAUGCAGUUUCCAGAUGGAAAAGUUUUGCUGUCUAAGGCAGCUUGUUUCUGUUAUGCUUAGCAUGCGCUGUCUUGUUUUACAGUUUAGUGUCUUUAAUGUUGCUAUGAGAUAUUUAGUAUUUGGAUGGGAACUAGCAGGGUAUCUCCCCCAGUACACUGGGGAAAUAGGGAAGCCCAGAAAGAGAACUUCCAGCACUGGUGUUACUCAGGCAAAUCAGUCUGUUUAUGAAUGUUCAUUACGCUCAGGGUGACAGUGUUCAGAAACUUAGUAUUAACAUUUUUCGGUGGGCCAUUUUGGUCCUUUUGAGCAAUGAUCAGAUUCUCAAUACUGUAAUGUCAAAAGUAUCCAAUGUGUUGCCUGCUCUUGAGUUUCAAAUAAACUUUUAAAAAUA